AGGGUAGUUGGGUAGCUGCCGCACUAACCCCCCCACGUCUCUCUUCCCCUCCCCCUAUUACAUGCCCUGUCUGCGCCCUGUCAUUAUAUAAACACUUUCUGCUGCUCCUCCUGACACCCAAACGAUUCAGCAUUACCAGGAAAAAAAAAAACCCCGUUUUUCUUCUAUUAAACGCCAGAGGUUAACAUUCAAAAACCUACAGGAACAAGAGAAGCAAACACCCUUAUGGCUCCUGCUACUCUUACUUCCCUAGCUGAGGAGAAAACCCUUCAAGAAAGCUUUGUCCGAGACGAAGAUGAGCGUCCGAAAGUUGCGUAUAAUGAAUUCAGCGACGAAAUUCCGGUUAUCUCUUUAGCUGGGAUUGAUGGGAACCAAAGUAAUAGGAGAUCUGAAAUAUGCAAAAAGAUUGUUGAAGCUUGUGAAGACUGGGGUAUUUUUCAAGUCGUUGAUCAUGGUAUUGAUGGUAACCUUAUUUCUGAAAUGACCCGUCUUGCUAAAGAAUUUUUUGCCUUGGCGCCGGAGGAGAAGCUCCGGUUUGAUAUGUCCGGCGGAAAGAAAGGUGGUUUCAUUGUUUCUAGCCAUUUACAGGGGGAGGCAGUGAAAGAUUGGCGCGAAAUAGUGACAUACUUCUCAUACCCAUUGCGCAGCAGAGACUAUUCACGGUGGCCGGACAAGCCGGAGGGAUGGAGAGCAGUGAUGGAGGUGUACAGUGAAAAGCUAAUGGGACUGGCCUGCAAGCUGCUUGAGGUGCUAUCGGAGGCAAUGGGGUUGGAGAAAGAUGCUUUGACCAAGGCGUGUGUUGAUAUGGACCAAAAAGUAGUGGUCAAUUUCUACCCAAAAUGUCCACAGCCUGACCUCACUCUUGGGCUCAAGAGACAUACUGAUCCAGGCACUAUCACCCUUCUGCUCCAAGACCAAGUUGGUGGCCUUCAGGCUACUAGAGAUAAUGGCAAGACUUGGAUCACUGUUCAACCUGUUGAAGGUGCUUUUGUUGUCAAUCUUGGAGACCAUGGUCAUUACCUGAGCAAUGGAAGAUUCAAGAAUGCAGACCAUCAAGCAGUGGUGAACUCAAAUUACAGCAGGUUGUCCAUAGCAACAUUUCAGAACCCAGCACCAGAGGCAGCAGUUUAUCCUCUCAAGAUUGAAGAAGGAAAGAAGGCAAUUCUAGAUGAGCCAAUUACAUUUGCUGAGAUGUAUAGGAGGAAAAUGAGCAAAGACCUUGAGCUAGCCAGGCAUAAGAAAUUGGCUAAAGAGCAGCAGUUGAAGGACUUGGAGAAAGCCAAAAUGGAGGCCAAGCCUUUAGAGGAAAUCCUUGCUUGAAUAAAAAUACCAAACACAAUAAUGCUUCUAUUACUAUGAUAUUAUUGUCUACAAGUAUUAUUAUUAUUAUUAUUGGGUUACUUUUAGUGUCUAUCUGAAGUUGAUGAUUAUUGUAUUUUUAUAGGACAUCUGCCUUCUUUGUUUAGUAUGCUAAAAAAGAAAAUGAUUCUUGAAUAAUUUAAAUUUGGGUGUCAACUCAAAACUAUCAAAUA